UCUCUUCCUCUGAGAAACCUCUCCAGGAGAGUGUAGUGCACAGGGGCAACCAAGAAAUGUGUGUCCUUCACUACUGAUGUGCUUGGACCCCACGGAGAAAAUCAGUCGAACUGACGAGAGAAAACUGCAGCCAUGGCAGGAUUUGAGAACCUGACCGAUGAGACGGCGGAUUUGGAACACAUUCCAAUUGAGGAAGUAUUUGUACAGCUGAAAUGUACGACCGAAGGUCUUACAACGACGGAAGGAGAAGCUCGAAUAAAAAUUUUUGGAUACAACAAAUUGGAAGAGAAGAAGGAGAGCAAAAUACUGAAGUUCUUGGGGUUCAUGUGGAAUCCUCUAUCAUGGGUCAUGGAAGCUGCUGCAGUCAUGGCCAUCGCACUGGCCAACGGAGGGGGUCAGCCACCUGACUGGCAAGACUUCAUCGGUAUCAUCACACUCCUCGUUAUCAACUCCACGAUCAGUUUUAUCGAGGAGAAUAACGCAGGAAACGCAGCAGCAUCUUUGAUGGCUCGACUUGCACCCAAGACGAAGGUGCUGCGAGAUGGAAAAUGGUCUGAGCAGGAAGCAGUAAUUCUAGUUCCCGGUGACAUCAUCAGCAUCAAGUUGGGCGACAUCGUCCCUGCAGACGCCCGUCUCCUCGAAGGAGAUCCUUUAAAGAUUGACCAGUCUGCCCUCACCGGUGAGUCCCUGCCAGUCACAAAAAAACCAGGAGAUGAAGUGUAUUCAGGUUCCACAUGCAAACAAGGAGAACUCGAGGCGGUGGUUAUUGCAACCGGAGUUCACAGUUUCUUCGGAAAAGCUGCUCAUCUUGUCGACAGCACACACCAAGUGGGCCAUUUCCAGAAGGUUCUCACAUCCAUCGGAAACUUCUGCAUUGUCUCCAUCGCUAUAGGACUAUUCAUCGAAAUCGUAGUCAUGUAUGGACAUCAGAAGAGGAAGUACCGUGAAGGAAUUGACAACUUGCUUGUGCUGCUCAUCGGUGGUAUUCCGAUCGCUAUGCCAACUGUGCUCUCUGUCACUAUGGCUAUCGGAUCUCACCGCCUGUCGCAGCAGGGUGCUAUCACGAAACGAAUGACCGCCAUAGAGGAGCUGGCGGGCAUGGAUGUCCUUUGCAGUGACAAAACCGGAACUCUGACCUUGAACAAACUGAGUGUGGAUAAAAAUAUUAUCGAGUGCUUUGCCAAGGGCGUGGACCAGGACUUCAUUGUCUUAUCAGCGGCAAGAGCAGCCAGGACAGAAAAUCAAGAUGCCAUCGAUGCAGCCAUCGUUGGAAUGCUUUCUGAUCCCAAAGAGGCUCGUGCUGGUAUCCGAGAAGUUCAUUUCCUUCCCUUCAACCCCGUGGACAAGCGCACAGCCAUUACGUUCGUAGAUGAAGCUGGAAACUGGCACAGAGCUACCAAGGGAGCUCCCGAAGAGAUUCUUCACUUGGCAAAGAACAAAGACCAGAUUGCCAGCAGAGUGCAUUCAGUGAUCGAUAAGUUUGCCGAACGUGGGCUGCGAUCGCUCGCGGUCGCAAGGCAGGAAGUACCCGAAAAGUCCAAAGAUAGCCCAGGAGGUCCAUGGGAAUUCCUCGGCCUGUUACCUCUCUUCGAUCCACCUCGUCAUGACAGUGCGGAGACCAUCCGCAAGGCUUUGGAAUUGGGUGUGAACGUCAAAAUGAUCACAGGUGAUCAACUUGCGAUUGCCAAGGAGACUGGUCGUCGACUAGGAAUGGGAACGAACAUGUACCCUUCUGCGGCGCUUCUGGGGAAACACAAGGAUGAAUCCAUUGCAGGACUGCCCAUCGAUGAGCUCAUAGAAAAUGCUGAUGGGUUUGCAGGAGUUUUCCCAGAACAUAAAUAUGAAAUUGUCAAAAUCUUGCAAGAGAAGAAACACAUAUGUGGAAUGACUGGAGAUGGUGUGAAUGAUGCCCCCGCACUGAAGAAAGCCGACAUCGGUAUAGCAGUAUCUGAUGCUACGGACGCAGCCCGUGGUGCGUCAGAUAUUGUUCUUACGGAACCCGGUCUCAGUGUCAUCAUCAGUGCCGUUCUCACCAGUCGAGCAAUCUUCCAGAGGAUGAAGAAUUACACGAUUUAUGCCGUCUCAAUCACCAUCCGUAUAGUGCUGGGAUUCAUGUUGCUCACCUUGAUCUGGAAGUUCGACUUCUCGCCAUUCAUGGUUUUGAUCAUCGCCAUUCUCAACGAUGGAACAAUUAUGACCAUCUCCAAGGAUCGAGUGAAACCAUCUCCUCUUCCUGACAGCUGGAAACUGAAGGAAAUUUUCGCCCAAGGUGUCGUCAUCGGCAUAUACCUUGCAAUGAUGACAGUUCUGUUUUUCUGGGCGGCUAAUGAAACCCACUUCUUUGAGAAUGCGUUCGGCGUGCACUCGCUGCACAAAAAUCAUGCCGAGCUUACGGCGGCCGUUUAUCUUCAAGUCAGCAUCAUCAGUCAAGCUUUGAUCUUCGUCACUCGAUCUGUCGGCUGGUGUUUCACGGAGCGACCGGGAUCCCUCCUGAUGAGUGCCUUCGUCAUAGCGCAACUGGUUGCCACGUUUUUAUCCGUGUAUGCGAACUGGAGCUUUGCUCACAUCAAGGGUGUCGGCUGGGGAUGGGCCGGUGUCAUUUGGCUUUACUCCUUCAUCACUUUCAUUCCCCUUGACCCCAUCAAGUUCGCCAUCCGCUACAUUUUGAGUGGAAGAGCGUGGGAUCUCAUGUUGGAACGACGGACUGCAUUCACCACCAAGAAGGAUUUUGGAAAGGAUGAUCGACAAGCCCAAUGGGCGCACCAGCAGCGAACUCUUCACGGUUUGAGCACCGGUGACCAUAAGAAGGAACCUGAGAUGCCGGAGCUGGCAUUCGAAGCGAAGCGAAGAGCAGAAAUGGCAAGGCUGCGAGAGCUGAACACGUUGAAAGGACAUGUGGAAUCCGUCGUCAGAAUGAAAGGAAUCGACAUCGACACCAUUCAGCAGUCGUACACCGUGUGAGGCCUCGUGUGUUGAACAAGCAUCACCCACAAACACAGAAACCAAUUUUGAUUUAUCUCGUUUAGCAGACCACAGGUCUUUGAGGCUUAGAUGAGUCGAAUAAUGCGUUUGCAAGAACGUCAUGUUCUCAACUCAGAGCACCCUCCCUCCCUCCCUCCAUCUUUCCCUCCCUUUGUAGCUUGUUACAGAGACAGCAAAGUGGUGUUUCAAGCAGAAAAAAAUGCUGCAGUCUACUUUUUAGGUUGUGUUAGCAAGAGUCGCAUCAGAAGCCUAAACAUCAAGCUUAGAAGGAAAUAAUCACACUGCACGGGAGCGACAUGGACCCAAUAAACAGGGAUAGUAGCGUAGAAGGCUGAUUCCAUGAUUCCUCAUUCACGUUGCAAAUCAGAGGAAUCUGAAAGUCUGGAAGAGCUGCUGCCUGUACUAGAAUCAGUUUCUGGACAUAAUGCUCCAGGACCUGUGGUUGAGUUUUUAAUAAAGCUAUCUCGGCAGAGUGUGGUUGCU